AAAAACAUACUAAUAGCUCUUACUAAACUAGCUGUGAGGUCAUUAUGGGCAGUGCGCAGAGUUACAUUGUUGCAUCGCUGUCUGUAUGUUCUGUCUAUUUAGGUUAUGUUCAUAUUUACUGCUCCUACAAAUCACUGAAAACAAAUAUACUCAACGAAGACAAUCUUCCAAGUUUCCUGUAUCUGUACAUUAAAUACUGGACCAAAGCUCGGACUCGGAGAACGUUCGACGUGUGUGCGACAGGCGAAGCUGCUGUUUACACCGUGCUAAAGUGUAGGCUGGACACGCACGUGCUGAGGAGCUUCUGCAGGGCUGCGGGUUACGGCUGGGAUUACCCGGACGCCGAGUUCAGGGACAUCCCGCUGUCUUUCCCGGAGUUUCUCUGCGGCAGGUUGCUGCUCAUGGUGCUCACCGAUACAAGGUUCAGGCUCAGUCCAGCAGGUCUGGUUCGCGUGCGCCAGAGUCUGAAGACCCUGGAGCCAGUUGAUGAGCUUAGAAAGGGGCCCUUCACACUGCAGGUGAGAGUCUUGGAGUACAGGCACGUCGACACAGGAGUGGAGGUGGACAUUUCUCUGACUGCCACUUCCCACACUGGGCGUCCAGUGUGGGAGAGCAUCCUGACACUGCUGUCCAAACACAGGCUCCACCAGGACAGCAGAUAUUUCCCCAAGACUGGAAAUGACAACAAUCAUGAAUCAGGCCAACCAGAUGAGCCUCUGCCUGAAGCCGUGAAGCAGGUGGCAGUCAGCGUUCCCCUGAGUCCCACUCUUCAGUCAUUAUGGUCCUGCUCUGACUGCUUCCCCCAUCGCCUCCUCUCCCUAACGCCGAGGCUCUUUGGCUGCGGAUCACACGUCAUACCGGGCCUCUGGACGCUGUCUGUCUGUUUGGCUGAAAUAGAGAAACACAAAGGGGUUGAAGUCAUCGCUGCUCCUGUCAGUGUUACUGCUCGUUUCGAGGAGCCUCUGCUGGUAACAGGCAAAGUGAUGAUCAAGUUUUGGGAGAUGGACAAAGGUCGUGACCAGUCUUCAUCCCGGGGCGUCGAAUUCCUGAUGGAGCGAGAUGGAGGCAGAAAUGCUGUGGUGGGACGUGUUUUGAAGUCUUCAUUGUAACAGAGGAGAGACCUAUUCGAAGAGUAAUUCAAAUUCAACACCAGUUAAUUAUUUUCUCAUAAUAAAUGUGUGUUACCUUCCUUUUUCAAGAAUUUUAGUGACUUUUGUACAACAAUAUGUUUUAAUAGUUUUGUAAUUAGAAUGUUAAUGCUAGAUGUGACCACAUUUAAAUGGUGAUGUAAAUAUUAUCAUUGUAAAACAAUAUGUUCUCUAACCAGAUGAGUAUUAGAUGCUGAUUUAAAAACUGCAGAAAUGUUUCCCAAGUAUUCCUCUAAAUAUUGCCAAAAAUGAAGAAGAUAAAUUCUUGGUUCACCAUAUCAAACACUUACAGUCAGAUUGUGUCAUCAGCCUUUUUGACAGUUCCUUAAAUAAAAAUCAGAGGGUGGUUCACCAGGUCA